ACUAACUACUUGUCGUGAAUUUGGAAACCGCGUCAGCAGAUUUCGUUUACCAGGCGUUGGAUCACUGGAACAAAUGGAACGUCACUAUCGAGUUUUAGGUCAUCUUUCGAUGGUAUAUUGUGUGACGUUCGAUCGGACGGGGAAUUAUGUCUUAACGGGAGCGGACGACAAUCUCAUUAAAGUAUGGGACGCCCAUCGAGGCCUUUUGCGUUACACAUAUCGCGGCCAUUCUGCAGAAGUUGCUGAUGUUACUGUAUCUUACUGUAAUCAAAUGAUUGCUUCAGGGAGUGUGGACAAGUCAAUACGGGUCUGGUCGUUAGCUACUGGUACAACGUUGAGAGUUUUUCAUAUUCACACAGCUGUUGUUGCACGCGUGAAAUUCCUACCCUUUGUGGACCAAUCUCUGAGAUAUCUUGUUUCUUGUGCUCUAGAUUGCAAAGUUAUUUUUUAUCCAUAUGAUGAGAAUACGAAGCAUUUUGAGCUAAGCAAAAUUGUCCAAUUCGAUGAACGUGAAGUGGCCGGAACUAAAAUAAUAUCCCUCUGCCAUAGUCCAAGCGGCCAGUGGGUAGUAGUUGGUGACACUCACCAUUACUUACGUUUUUUCCGAGUUAAACGUGAAGUUGAUGGUGGAAUCGUUAAGUUUGCUGAUAUGUGUGCCCAUAAUGAUCGCGUUGACAGUCUCGAAUGGGCACAUUUUGGAUGUCGCUUUGCUUCUGGUAGUCGCGACGGGAUUGCCAAAGUGUGGAAAUUUGCAUGCGGAAAGUGGAGGUCUAUUUCUCUUAUCGUACCUGGGUUUGAACCAGCUGAUAUGCAUCCUUCUACUUUGGCUUCCAGUGAGCGCUCCAAAAGCAAGUAUCGGGUGAUUGGUUUAAUUUAA